AUGGAUGAUCCAGAUGAUGGCAGCGUUCCAGGUUGCCAAGAUUGUCCCCUUUUUGGAGGCAUCACGCCAUGUACGCAGGCGGAAACCCAGGCGUGUGAAGUUGAAAGCAUGUUUGCCGCGCCUGUCCUAAUUUGGUCAAGGGCCUUCAUCAUGGAGAAUGUCAGCGGAUGUCUCAAGAGCAAGGUGUUAACAGCGUGGGUUGCACUGCAUCAGGUCAUUGUGGUGGCAGAUGAUACGAGCAUUUGGGUCAACCACUCCACGGAGAAGGUUGAGCUUACGGAGGAGGGCAGCAUUAGCAAGGAGCAGCAAAGCAUGAAGAGAACGUGCCCUUUGUUGGGAAUGCUUCAACAACUUGCUGUGAAGAGAAGUGAUGGGCGGCGUGAGUGUGUCUCCAUCCACUGUCCCUCUCAGACUUUGCCACGUCAAAAUGCUGGAACUAUCCUCUCACGAAUGAGGAAAUGGGCGCUAUAUUCUUCCGCUGGCUGCUCUGAGUUCUUGGGUGGCACCGAAUUGCGCCAGUUAUUUGAACAAGUUCCACUGAAACUGGUAAUUUGGUGCGGGGACUCUCUACCUGCGAACUUUGUCUGCCAAGCGGAAGAGCUCAUGCAAUGGAGGCAGCUCAUACAAGAGAACGACGCCAAUGCAAGAAGCACCUUUCACAUUGGCUUCAGCUGCUUGCACCAUUCAGCUUGCUUGUCCAAAAAGCCAGCUCUGUUGAGUGUUGAUGGAGUCUGUUCCAACUUCGUCCGAUUGACCAGAGCAAUGAAGUCCACGAGAUUUCAGGAAAGGUUCUCUACAGCAGUUGACACAUUGGCAAACAAAUUGGUUAGGCGGACUGUUCCUUGCGUGCCACCCAUGGUCCAAGAAUGGUUGGACGAAUUCCAGAAUUUCCGCUCUAUGGCUUUGGCCGGGAUUCCUCGGGGGGAUCAGUCGGUCUGCCUGCAAAUCUUUAACAACAUAUGGUUUCAAGAUGGUGUGGUCAAUGAUUGCUCCUUUGCACAUACUUGGUGCCAUUGGUGUGGCCCCGGAUGUUGCUCUGAUGAGAUUGAAUUCAGAGCCAGGGCCAAGCAAGCAUUGAGAGCAUUGCUUCAAGUGUUCCCAGAUGUGCCCCUGCUCUAUCGCUGGAAGCAUUUUGAACCGUGUCUCCAGUAUGUGAUCCGAGGGUCAAUGUGCCAUCGAGUGCUCCAAUACUGCUUGCUUGCUUGUUCCUCUCCAGACAAUCAAGCCAAGCUCGAGGCCCUCGAUCAAGACAGCCCAGACUUAAGCUUUUCUGUGAAACAAGAGGUUCGGCUGAGCAAGGCAAUUGCAAUGCUCACGUCCGAGAAUUUCCAGGCCAAGAUGGGAAUUCUAUUUUUGGUAUCAGCGCCACUUGCCACCUUUAUGGAUGAAGUGUCCUUGUGUGAGACAGCCCGAAACCGCUUCAUUCUUCUAGAAAAGGGCCUGUCUUUAUCUUCGUCCAGGUGUACAGUUUCCGCUGACAAGAUUCAGCUCAUGAAUUGGGAGCUUGUCAGUGGCGCCAAGAGCGCCAACGUGAUCUCAGACUAUAGUUCCAUUCUGACAGCGCCACCAAGCAGUGACAUCACCAAGCCGUUUGCGAUGAGUCUGGCAGACUACUUCACACCAGUCUUGGCGACCAUGUGCGACGCCUACCUCAGGUUGAAGUGCCCUUCCCAGCGAUCCCAAGUGCAAAUUUUAGGGAUUCACUUCAUGCCUGUGAAUGAGGCUGCUGACAAGCUGCGUGAAAUCCAACAGCUGCCAAAAUGUUGCAGUGGCGAUGCGUGCACACAGGCCCGCCUGUCCCUGCUCAGUUUUGGGAAUUAG